UGUUGAACAUUUGAAAGUGGGACGGAAUCAGGAUGUCCAGCAAUUCAUCAAAAAAGAAUGACAAGAUCAUUCUACGAUUGAUCCAUCCUAUGAAUGGCAACAGCAAGGAGUUUAUGUUCACUCCAAACGAUUCAGCCUCCGAUGUAGCGCAAUUUGUCUUUGAGAACUGGCCACAAGAGUGGGAAAGUGAUCGCGUAUCGUCAUCAACUAUUCUACGCCUCAUUUAUCAAGGAAGGUUUAUUCAUGGUAACGUCACCUUAGGAGCCUUGCAGCUACCGGCAGGAAAGAUAACCGUGAUGCAUCUUAUGGCCAGGGAGACACUCCCAGAGCCCAAUUCACAAGGACAGAGAAACCGAGGAAAAACAGAAGAAAGUAACUGCUGUGUACUUGUGUGAUGAAGCUAGGGUCUCCACGUCAUGUUUGUCUCAGUUUGUUCUCUUCUUGUUCACCCCCCCCCCCCCCCUACUCUCCGACUCUCUCUGUCUUCAACGACCAAUCUCCAAAAAAACCGGCAACAACAACUUCUCUUGUGUCAACAGGAUGUCUCCCACUAGAUGGCUUGUCAAAUAAAGUAAUUUUUUUUAACGGCACUGUUGAGUUAAGUUACCAUUUUAUUGAAGCGCCUACGGCUUAAUUCACGGUUAAUCUUCACGAUUGUGAUCAAAACAACCUCAUCUAUGGAUUGAACUCCACAGAGAGGACAGGUCUUACGGAUGUUUGAAACAGAACAUUAGCAGAAACAUGUUCUCUAUUUGAAUUAGGUAAUCUAUGAAUCAGGUGAAUUUAUUUGAUACAUGUAAAUGAUGUUAUGAAUCUGCAUUUGAUCUGCAGACCCCCCCCCCCCUCGUUUAUACCUACAGAAUCGUUCACUGAAUUGAUAUGUGAACUAAAACCAAUUAGCGUUCUAGUAACAAAAAGGACAAAAUUACAGACAAAUCUGUGCCAUGUAUAAAAAUAGCCUUUUAGUGUCUGAUAAAAUUGGUGUGAAUAAUUUUUUGGCAAACAUGCAGACCUCACUUUUAGCGCCUUUGGUAUUUUUGUCAAAAUGUCGGCUGCGUUUCUGCCUUCAGUUUUUCUGUAAGUAUUUUUAUUUAAGAAACCAGUUAUUUUUAGCGAAGGGAUUGUACAAAAAUUCAAAUUGGUUCUUUGGUCGAGCAAAUACAAAAGAUAAAUUUACAGCAUUGGACAAUUUGAAAGACUAGUAACUUAAAAUGUGCAGUGAUAAUAUUGGCUUAGUCAUCUACAUGUACAUGUCAACUGAAGUCAAGUGAAACAUUAGUAUAUUUAGAAGAGAAAAGAAUAAUUGACAGGUAUCCUGAACUAAAUUUCCGUUUGGAUUGGAAAGGAAAAUUUCAAAUUGCAUUGCAUUCUUUCCCCAAACAGACAAACCAAUUUAAAGACCAGUACCUGCACCAUUCUGGAUACUUGAAGUGGGAACUGGGUGCGUUUUCAAGUUUGUGACGAAUCGUUUCUGUUGAAUUGGCCAUUGGUUAUCAACUGGCCAAUGACCAAAAAAGUUAUUGGCUAAAGUAGCGAAAAAAAGCCAUACAUGCAUCUUGAUGUUAGUUGAGUUAACAUAUAAAGUUCCACUAUAAUAAGUUUAACCAUCGUCACCAAUGCGGUACACUAACUUCAAAUUAGUACUCAUUUUCAGGUUCCAUCUGUAAAAAAAUGUAGUAGGGCCGUGUUCGAAUUGGUGUCUACAGCAACGACUACGGCUGUUGCUAUGUACAUAUGUUGCUAAUGGCGCCCUAUACCUCAAUGCAUGAUGAAGUGGCAAUCUAGCUGUAGCCGUCGAUUCGGACACGGCUGCAGUAUUUCCUAUGAGGCUAUAAUAUAAAUGUACGAUGUCAAGAGAGAUAAAUAGUAGUCAGAUACACAUCUACGAAGAUCUUUUGUGAAAAAUUGUAAAUAAUGACAAAAUAUUCCAAAUCGCCAUGUUGUGAAAACACAAUUCCAGGCACAAACAAAGUCAUCAACAUUUCUCAUGAAUUCCAGACUUGAUUGUUACCAAGAGCUUGAGUUCAUGUUUUUAUUUACUGCAUACUGCGCGAGUUUCUGAUGGUUGUUUACAGUUUGUUGUACUUUGUUGUUGCGCAAUUAACAGAGUUUCAGUAUCCUGAAUAGACUGUGCUAGUUUUGUUUGCACAAUGUUUGCGCAAGUUUUGUUCCACAAUGGGCUUAGUUGACGUGCGCAGCUUUUGUUUUCUUCACAAGUUUGAGGAAUGUAUGUGGAACUGUGAUCACCUUAGGUCCCCCAAGAUGUUGAAAUACACUCAAGAUUUGCACACUCUAUACCUGUUGGUCAUACAAAGUUGUAUAACACCCAAUGGGAGACGUUGGAAUGCUAGGUGGCAGCAGACUUACCAGGUACUUUUCCAUUGUUUACGUAGUUUUGCGUAUACAUGUACACUCAUUACUGAGAACAAUGGAUUGACCUGUCUGCUGCCACCUCGAGCCUCUAAAGUCCCGCAUUAAAUCCUUGUCAUUUGACUGGAGGAUUGUUGUCGGGUUCUAUACACCAUGCGUGUUUUCAUCCCGUACAAAAUGCCAUCGUUCCGGAUGCCAGGAAAACAUUUUACAAAUUGUUUGUUCUUACAAUUUUAUCCUUCAACCAAAUGUUUAAGAUCUACUUGGAUGUUAUGUCAAACAAUGAUGAAUGUUUUUCCCUCUUUGCAUUUGGGAGAAUUACAGUAAGAGAUGGAGUGUUCCAGUCACUUUCGCCUCGUUGAAUCGAACAUUCCAUGUUUCAACUCCUUAAAAUAUUCUCAUUGUUGCACCCAUAAAACAUUCAUUCUUUGUCUAGUAUUCAGCAUUAAGUUGUUUUGUUGGGUCUUUGCUUGUGCCUGAGUGCAUACGGUGUAGUUGUGUAUAUGUUGCACUUUAUUGCACUGUAUAUUAUAACUAUAUUUAAGAAGAUAAAACCAAAUAUGCAUUUGUGAAUUGGUCAGUACACUUUGAUGUUGAUGUAUAGUGACUGUUUCAUGUGUGAAACAAAUUGUGUAUCCAUAGAUUUGUUGGAUACACGUCAUUAAAGAGGCGCUGAUUGUAUCAUGCGAUUGGUACACACACGUACACACACACUAAAAGAAAACAGUUUUUGAUUGCUUACUGAAUGAACAAAAAGACGGAGAGUUUACAAUUGGUUGUUUUUAUUUUGGAAUUUUGAUGUUUGUUUAACGGACCUUAUUUUCUACAAGUAGACAUCAGUAUGGAGUGGAUGUUUUGAAUCAAUCAUUUAAUUUCCUGUAUAUAUACUCAAUGUCGAUUAUCGAGACAUCAGUGUACAGACAGUUUAAAAAACAGAGUGUUGCAGCUAUGUACAUUACACAACAUUUACAGCAGUGAACCAUAGCCAGUAGUCUAGUCUGUCAUGGUUUGUGUGUAGGAAGUCAAUUUUGGACUUAAAGUGAAGCAUAUUUACUAAAGAAAUUUCUAACGCUCCGCACAUUCUCAAGAGUUACGGUUAGAAUAUGAAAAAAUACAUUACUCAAGAUUCAAAACACGAUAUGAAAGUCUCAAGACUGUUGGUGAGAGUGUAUCAUACUUCCUGGGUAUGCAAAUGCGAUGCAAAUUUGGUGUGAAUUUGACGUCACAACCCCUCUUUUGCUGCGAUGUUCGAAGAGAGUUGAGCACAACUCAACUCAGUGCGAAUUUCGUUGCAAAUUUUUGACGUCAACAUUCGUAUCGCAUUCGC